AUGGGCAAAAAGAAGGUUUUGGUCUGCUACGGAGUGGAUAUCGAUGCCGUGGCCGGUUGGCUGGGAUCAUACGGAGGCGAAGACAGCACAAGCGACAUUAGCAGAGGUCUCUGGGCGGGAACAAUCGGUACCCGACGCCUGUUGAAGCUUUUUGAGAAGUACAACAUCAAAGCCUCGUGGUUCAUCCCUGGACACAGCCUGGAAACAUUCCCAGAGGAGUGUGCUAUGGUCCGAGAUGCUGGACAUGAGAUAGGUUUACAUGGCUACAGCCACGAAAACCCCGUGGACAUGACUUUCGAGCAGCAAAAGGACGUUCUGCACAAGACAUGGAAGUUACUUACCGACUUCUGUGGGAAGCCACCCAAGGGAAGCGUGGCACCUUGGUGGGAGACAAGCGAAGAAGGGACCGAGUUGAUGCUUAGUUACGGAAUCGAGUACGACCACUCAAUGUCUCAUCACGACUGUCAGGCAUAUUGGCUGCGGACAGGCGACUCAUGGACUAAGAUUGAUUACACCAAGAAGGCCGAGGAGUGGAUGAAACCCCUGACAAAAGGCAAAGAGACGGGCAUGGUCGAAAUACCUGGCUCCUGGGACGUUGAAGACAUCUGGAAAGAUCACUUCGAUUACUUCUACCGGGAAUAUGACGAAUUCAUCUUCCCAAUGACUAUCCAUCCCGAUGUAUCAGGUAGACCCCACGUUCUUCUGAUGCACGAACGCAUCAUCGAGCACAUCAACAAACAUGAAGGUGUCGAGUGGGUCACCAUGGGAGAGAUGAGCGACUACUUCAAGAGCAAGAACCCUGUGCCAGAAGGUGCUCUUAUGCCGGCUAGUCACGAGGAAGUGAUGAAGAAGUUUCAAGAGUCGGCGUAG